AUGACCACCCUGCCAUGCCCUCUCCCGCAGGUGGAGGAGGCCCUGCGCCCCUACAUCCAUACGCGCCAGGAGACUCUGCGCAUCAGGAAAACGCUGGCCCAGCACCUGCAGUCGCAGAUGCACAGGACAGAGCGGCAGCACGGCGCCGAGUCCGCGACGCCAAUCACGUCGCUGACCCUGGCUUGCGCUCCGCCCUCGCUGCUGCUCGAGCAUGAUCAGACGCGUUCCGCUUCCGCGCCCCUUCCUCCGCCUCCGCCCGAGCUGACUGGCCUGCGGAAGCAGUACUGGGAAGCCGUGCGAGCGCAUGCUUUGGCCAAGCACCGGUGGGACGCCCUGCGCGGCGAGCUCACCCAGCUGCAGCGGGAGGCGCACACAGCCCGAGCCGCGGCUGAAACUGGGCCGGCCGCGGAUGUCGGUCCCUACUCGUCGUCCUCAUCCGCCGCGCCGGUAGUCGGUCACAGCGGCGGCCAUCAGGCUGGCCACGACGUCCAGAAUUAUGUCGCACUGCUACACCAGCGCCGGCGGCAUGCCAGGCUGCAGGUCCUACUGGACGCCUUGGACCGGGCCGCAGACGCCGAACCCGACGACGACCCGUUGCGGAGGGACGAUCUUCGCCAAUGGGUCAAGGACAGACUAGGUGACGCACCGGUCCCGCCGCCGGAGAUCGCGGGCGGCGGCCAUUCUGCUGUUGGCGACGCAUCCGCUUCGGCCGCCGCCGUCGCCGCAGACCAGACCAAGGACCACGUGCUACGCCUGAAGAAGGAGCUGCUGCUCGCGAAGCAGGAUGUUGACGCCGAGACGCAGCGCAGAAAAGCGGUGGCGCAUGAAUCAACGGGGGGCUCCACCCUGAGUCGAGGCAUCGAGGCGCAGGUGCGAGCAUUGCGGGCCGCCCGGGACGAGCUCAUUGCCUGGAUCGAGGGCGAGCUGGCGAAGAUGCCCGAGGGCGAUGAGAGCAUACUCAGCAACGGCGGGACACCACAGAGACCAGACCGGCGAGACGACAAGGACGCCGCCGCCUCCGGACUUGACGACGAUGCAGAAUCCAUCCAGGAGCAAGUCGACGCGUUGUAUGAACGCUACGUGGCCGCCCGCACUUCACUCGUCGCAGCCGUGGAUGCGGCAACUGCCUCUGCCAAGGAGCUCAACGCCCCGUCUACACUUCCAGGAUCCAAUCAACGAUCCGGCAGCGGCGACGGUGGCGAGGCCGCGGGCCAACGGAGCCAGCAACUCCACCUUCCACCGUCGGCCGCUCUCCCCUUUGUCCCCGCGCUUCUCCGCUGUGCCAACGACGAGCGUAUCCUCACGCAGCAGAUAGCGACGCACCUGCGGCACCAGAUCGCCGCAGCUCAGGAGGAAGCCCGCAACACGGCUCAGCGCCUCGCCAGCGAGAGCCACCUGGUCGGACCUGAUGCGGAGAGCGGCGGUGCGUGGGCGCGCGCGGCGAAGGAGGCGACCAGAGAGACGGACGAGGCGAUCUUGGAACGGGUGAGGGCGGCCCAGGCGAAUGUGGAGGGGGCGAAGGACAUUUUGGCGGAGCUGGACAGGAGAAGGGAGGGGUUCAGGGCACUGAGGGGAGAGGCAUGA